GCAUAUGCCAUGCCUAAUGGGCUUGAUCCAAAACAGCCCAAUCCGCAGAAAGAAGCUAUUUCUUCCUUGCUUAAACCCUCCUUUGUCCUUUCACUCUUGUAUUCUCCGUCCCAAGACUCCCAACCCGCUGUAAACCCUAAGGAUUAAUGUCGCUUUUCCAUAAGCUUCCACACAAACCUCAUAAUCUCCUUUCUAUCAUUCUCCUCGGCACCCGGUCUUUUACUACUCAAAACCCUAAUGCUAACUCAUUCCCCCUUGAGCCGACCUCUGCCUACUAUGACGAACUGGUCCUCGCCGCAGGCCGUUCCAGAGACUUCGAAGAGCUCCGCCACCUCCUCAACAAGCGCAUAAGGGACGGUUGCUUCAACACCUCCAAAACGUUCAAGUUCAUCUCCAAUAACGACGCCUCCCUGUCCAUACUCGACGACCUUUCUCAGACCCUGGCUCGCCUCGACAAAGGGUUACCCCGGCAAAGUGCGCACAAUUCGCUCAUCUUGCGACUAUGCAAAUUGGGUCGAGUCGAAGAGUCCCUGCGCCUGGUCGACACGAUGGCGCGCGGGGAAUACGGUUUAAAUGCGUCUAGUUUUCACCCCAUCCUGAACGUGCUCACGAGGAAAAAAGAAAUGGAGGCCGCAUGGGGCGUGAUGAGCCUGAUGAGAAAGUAUCAGAUCCCGCCGGAUCUGACGAGCUAUAAUUACUUUCUGAUGGCGUACUGUUUCUCCGGAGAUUUGACUGCGGCGGCCGAAGUGCUAACAAAAAUGGUGGGGGAGGGGUUGAGAGCGGAUACGCGUACGUACGACGCGCUAUUGUUAGGCGCGUGUAAGGUGGGGAAGGUGGAAGGUGCUCUGGCGUUGCUGCGGAGGAUGGUUGACGACGGAGUACCGAUGCUAUUGUCGACGCACAUGUACGUUAUAAAUGCGCUGUUGCGGAUGGGCUAUUACGAGCAAGCGAUAGAGUAUGCGAGGUGUUUUGCUGGGAAGGACACGUGGCUGGACGACCACAUGUUCGGGUGUUUGGCUAACAAGCUCAUAGAGUCGAGUAGGUUCGAUGAAGCGAAGUUGAUACUGGAGGAAAUGAACAAAAGGGGCUUGAAGAUGGGCGAUAAACUGAGGGACUUUUACCGUCUCAAUGUUAAAGAUAAAGAAGAUACAUAAUUUCGAGCCGUCUGACGUCUGAGGCCGUGGAUUGAUUUUACAAAAGAUGAUGAUUAGAACCAUUUUGUGCCGAAGAAAUGUAUAAAGAAAGCCAAUGCUGAAACAGAAUUGUCUAUCAAUAUACUAUUUUUUUACCUUUUGCA